CGCAAACAGGUGCUGGGCUGUGGAUGUCAUUAAAAAAUGUCUGACUGAUAAUCCCUCAGGAGCUAUGGACUGGGCGAAGUCAUUGAACCAAUCAGCAAUGAGCUAUUAUGCUCCAUCCAUGUCUGACUCCUCAUCUACCUUCUCCUCCUCCUGCUGCAACUCCUCUCAUCCCCUCUUCUCCACCUCCCCGCUCUCGGCCCCUGCCUUUUCUGGCCUGGACCUGCUGUCCGACCUGAAGCCGGUCUUCAUCCCCCUCUACUCUGCCGUGGUGCUGGUCGCCUGCUCCGGCAACCUGCUCUUGCUCUUUCUCAUCUGGCACAACAAGAAAAGACACAACACCACAAACUUCCUCAUCAGCAACCUGGCACUUGUCGACCUUGUGAUGUGCAUCUUCUGCGUCCCUUUGACUGCAUCCUAUGCUUUUGAUAAGCGGGGAUGGGUUUUUGGUUCCCACAUGUGUCAUUUUGUCACUGUCAUGCAGUCUGCAGCUGUCUACGCGGCGGUUCUGUCGCUCAUGGCCAUCGCAGUGGAUCGUUACGUGGUUGUAGCCUAUCCCAUCCGCAAAAGAGCAGGUGGCCAGUUCUGCUGGGGUCUGGUGGUCCUGAUCUGGCUGUCCUCUCUGGCUUUAUCCACACCUACAGCACUACACACCAUCCACUUGGACCUGCGGGCUGCAGGGCUGCAGAUGGCAGUGUGUGAGGAGUUCUGGGAUGGCCAGGAGCGAGGCCGCCUCAUCUACUCCUGUUUCAUUCUCUUCUUCUCCUACUUUGUCCCACUGGCUGCAGUCUCCAUCUCCUACUGUGCUAUAUCCUAUCAGCUGAAGCAGAGGACCACGUUGGGCUUGACGGCGUGUCAAGAAUUGAGAUCUGCAAGGGCUGCGUGGAGCAGACGGAGGAGGAAGACCUUCUAUCUGCUGCUGGUGUCUGUCCUCUGUUUCGCCUUCUCGUGGCUCCCCUUACAGGUGGUGAAUCUGAUCCGUGACCUGGACACAGACUUCUCCAUUUUAGGGAAGAAUUACGUGAACAUCAUACAGGUGUCCACUCACCUGCUUGCCAUGAGCUCCGCCUGCUACAACCCUUUUAUUUACGCCUCACUGCAUGAAAAGUUACUGUCCUACCUGUGUCGCCACUUCCUGUCCCGGAGGAGAAGCAAAGGAAAGGACAGGGGUCAGGGGUCAAGCACCCUGACAAUAUCACACAGAGUGCAGCGCCUUCACACCACCACCAUCGUGGCAGAUUUACCGGGUGCUGUCGUGAAUAAUGUUAGCCCUCAAGACAACUACGCUUGA